AUGAAGAGGAGGACGACGAAGAACAAGCCGGCAUGUUUUGACCAUUGCAAAUUUUUAAUUUCCUUCUUCGUACAGUCUGCACUGGUGGAAAAGAAAUGCUUUGAUGAAAUUGCUAUUGGACGUAAAAUUGAUGAAACAAAACGAAUCAGGAUAUUCCCAGACAAUAUCAGUCAAUUGGAAAGAAAUAAUGAAGACAGUUUUGUGGAAUCGAGCUCUUUGAAUCCUCCCGAUGUCGAUGAAGUCGUCCCUGAAAGUCCAGCAGAUAAAGCAGACAUUUUUACCAUUCCUGAAACACAAAUGGUGAAACACACAUCAGUGCAUAGUGUGGUCGCACCUCUCAUCUCUUCUAUCCGUCGUUCUGGUUUUAAACAAUCAAAGGAAAGUGCGGUGGCCGAUCUUUGGCCUUUUUCGAGCCGUUUAGAUAUUGAAAAUGUGAAUCCCCUUCCACGAUAUGGUGCUACUGAUAGGAAAAAGAUGCAAGAUCCAUUGAGGGAUUGUGACACAUUGUGUCCUGUUAAGCUACAUGGGAAAAGACUUACUGGUCCUGAUGGGGUACCAAGGUCAAAGAAAUUGAAAAGAACCCUAAUCGAAGGGGCAGGUAAUUCCGUAGUAUUAGAUUCAGAGGGUUCCUCUGAUAGUUUGCUAGAGGAGUGUCUAAUGGCUAUUAACCAGACCAUUUCUGAGUCUCCGCUAUGCAGAAAAACUGAGAAUGGACAAUUAAACAAUAGGAGGACAAGACAGUGGGGAGAUAAUGUUUUGAAGGAGUUCUCUUGCCCAGAUACAGUACAUAAAGAUGGCAAGCUAUGUAUGGUUAGUAAGAACGAGAUGGGGAACCACCAGUUGCCUGCAUGCACAACUCCCUCAAGGAAUCCCUUUCAGAGAGCAGAUAGGAAACAGUACACAAAUAUACAGACGAAAAGUUGUGAUUCUGCACUCGUUCAGAAAACAGAAACAGAAUACAGUGACUGCUGUAAAAGGGAUGGUGAACGGAGAUGGAUUCAGUCCUCGGGGCCUGUGCACAAAGCUAGGCUAGAUACAUUCCAAACACCCACACAGCGGGGUCCCACGAAAACCCCUGACAUACCUGCAGGACAAGAGCGCGAACAGUGCAGUGGGAGCAGUAUACCUAACUGCGUCCGUUCAGAGCGUAAAGAUUGUGAAGAGGCACUCGCUGAAAUUACAGGGGACAAUGGAAAGACUACGACGCCUUUAGAGAUGGAGUCUUGUCAGGCUGAACUGCAUUCCAAUACAUCAAACAAAACCCAGUUUACAAAAGUUACAACAAAGUUGGAUGGCUCACGAGAAACAGUGGACAGCAACCACCUGCAGAGUUCAAGCAGAGCAGCAGAGAAGAUGAGCUGCUGGAGCAAGAAGUAUUCAGAUGACGGUGUUAAUUUCUGGAGGGGCCGGUUCCAAGUUGUGACGGUGAAUGAUGUCUUGAAUUCGCAUGGAGAUCGGGAGAAACAUCUGACCAUUGCAGUGAGCCAGCCGGGCAGUCCGAAUAGCAGCUUCACGGAGCAGUGUAUUCUGAAAGAUGAAUGGGACACCACUGAAGUCAAAGCUGGGGAUAUGAUUCACCUUGAAGGGGAGAAACACUCGGACACCUGGAUAAUAAAAAGAGACGCCGGGUACUUGAUUGUGAACCCCGACCGUCUUAUUUCUGGGACUAGUGUUGUAAACAGUAUCCGGUGCAUGCGCAGGGCUGUGUUGAAUGAGAGAUUUAAGGCUUCUGAAAGGGGGACAAUACAGAUGCUGGUUGGCACUUUAGUUCAUGAGAUCUUUCAAAAAGCGGUGACAAGCAACAGAUUUGCACAGUGCCAACUGGAAGAAAUUGCCUCACAAACCAUCUGUGCUCCAAAGUACCUGGGAGAGAUGUACAGCUUGAGUCUGAAUCAAGCAGAUGUGAUGAAUGCAAUAGAAGAGUACCUGCCAAUGUUUGUGACCUGGGCGCGAGACUACAUACGCGACACCCCUCAAUCUGGAAAAUGCCAAUUGCAGCUUAACUUUCCAAGUGAUGGUGACCUAGUCAAAUCAGAUACUGCUUGUGGUAUCACAAUUCUUGAUAUUGAAGAUGUUGAAGAGAAUAUUUGGUCUCCAAGGUUUGGCUUGAAAGGCAAGAUUGAUGUAACGGCCUCUGUUAAAAUUCAUCGGCGGUCCAGGACCCAAAACAGAGUCAUGCCUUUGGAGCUUAAAACCGGGAAGGAAUCUAACUCGGUGGAGCACAGAAGCCAGGUCAUUCUGUACACUUUGAUGAGCCAAGAACGCAGGGAAGAUCCUGAGGCUGGGUUUCUCCUCUACCUCAAGACCGGUGCCAUGUAUCCAGUACCAGGCAACCACAUGGACAGGAGAGAAUUGCUGAAGCUGAGGAACCAGCUUGCUUUCUAUUUAACCAACGGCUUAGUUUGGGCAGAGCCGAAGAGAAUGAAUGCACACCUUGCUCCACUGCCUCCUCUGAUCGGCGACCAGCAGGCUUGCAGGUUCUGCUCUCAGCGACGCAACUGUGCUUUAUACAGCAGGGCAGUGGAGCAAGAGAUGGAAGAAUGUUUUGUGCCCACAGAUGUGAGCCCUAUUCUGCAGCAGGAAACUCAGCACUUGGAGCCCAUGCAUCUGCAAUAUUUUCGGCACUGGUAUCUUCUCUGCAACCUUGAGGCAUAUGCAGUUGAUAGUAAAGGAGGGUCCAAAAACAUCUGGAUGCAUUCGGCAGAAGACAGGGAGUCUCAAGGAUAUUGUGUUGCUAAUCUAGUACGGAGUGGUAGUGUGCGGAACCUUUCUGAUGGACAAUACCAGCAUCAAUUCACAAGGAAAACUGGGUGCAUAUCGAAAACAGCGUUAAUGGUUGGCGACAGAGUUGUACUAAGUGGACAGGAGAAAGUGCUGCUUGCUGUGUCUUCUGGAUAUGUCACCGAAAUCCACUCUUCCCUGAUUACUUGUUCAUUGGAUCGGGACCUCUCCAGGCUGCCACAGGAAACCAUCUUCAGACUUGAUCACGACGAGGGAGUUGGAAAUAUGAGCACGCAUUUGGGAAAUCUUUCUAAAUUGAUGGAAAAAUCCGCAGUCAGUGAUAAGCUUCGGGAACUCGUAGUAGGAAUGAGGCCACCGCAGUUUGUACCUUACCUGAGCACUGUACUCCCACAUGAUGCAAAGGAAGCAGUGGCUGAUAUUCUGAAAGGCCUGAACAAGCCUCAGAAACAAGCAAUGAAGCGCGUGCUGCUUUCUAAUGAUUACACAUUGAUUGUCGGCAUGCCUGGUACAGGGAAAACUACCACCAUCUGCACUCUGGUGCGGAUUCUUUACGCCUGUGGGUUCAGCGUCCUCCUCACCAGUUACACGCAUUCCGCCGUGGACAACAUUUUGCUGAAGCUGAUUCGAUUCAAAGUGGGCUUCCUGCGUUUGGGGCGGAAGCAGAAAGUUCACUCCGAUAUCCAGAAAUUUACGGAUGAGGAAAUCUGCAAAAGGAAAGCAAUCCGAAACCUGGCUGAGCUGGAAGGGCUGUACAAGAGUGAACUGGUGGUCGCAACAACCUGCAUGGGAAUGAAGCAUCCGUUAUUUGGUCAAAGGAGGUUUGAUUUUUGUAUUGUGGACGAGGCGUCCCAGAUCAAUCAGUUGAUCUGCCUGGGACCCUUAUUUUCCGCGGAUCGAUUUGUGCUGGUGGGCGAUCAUCAACAGUUGCCACCCGUCAUUCAGAGCUCACAUGCCAGAGCUCUGGGAAUGGAUGAGAGUCUGUUUAAGCGCCUGGAGAAGAAUCUUGAUGCCGUGGUUCAGCUGAACGUUCAGUACCGAAUGAACAGAACGAUUAUGUCGCUAAGUAAUACACUAAUGUACGAGGGGAAGUUGAUGUGCGGAUCGGAUCAAGUGGCGACUGCAGUGUUAAAGCUGCCCAAGUGGUGUGAGCUCGACACGCAUGCUUCCUGGUUGAAGGAUGCUCUGGAACCUAGUCAUCCAGUUUGUUUCCUUAACACUGAACAGGUACCAGCGCCUGAGACUGAAGAACAGUGUGGAGUGAGUAACUUGACCGAGGCUGAAUUAGUGUACUGCCUGACCAGGGAAUUACUAAAGGCCGGAUGCAAGGCCUGUAACAUCGGGAUCAUUGCACCGUACAGACAGCAGCUUAAGGCAGUCUCCGCGAUACUGACGAGGGACAAAGCCUUUAGCGCCGUUGAGGUGAAUACAGUGGACAAGUACCAGGGCCGAGACAAAAGUGUCAUCAUUCUGUCCUUUGUUCGGAGUAACAGUGAAGGAAAGCUCGGAGAACUACUGAAGGACUGGCGAAGAUUAAAUGUAGCGCUGACUAGAGCAAAGCACAAGUUGGUAAUGCUGGGAAGUAUAUCUACCCUGUGGCAAUAUGCUCCUUUGAAAAAACUACUGGAUCACUUGAAGAAUGAAGAAAUGAUCAUUGACCUCCCCCCUGCGGCACACAAGCUCACUACUGUGAAUUGAACUGAUUAAUUUCCCUGAACAAUGUGAAGAUGGUGAACUACAGUUGCUGCUACAUAACUCCGACAAUAAUGGACCAACCGUUUCCACAUCGACUAUCUCGUAAAUAAGUACGGUGCUCUGAUCAGUGUAACCUAUGUUUGUCAGUCAUUUGAAUUUUGUACCAUUAAAUAAAUAUUCAUGCCCAGAAA